AUGUCACUUGCGAUAAUAAACCUCAAAAAUAGUAGUCCGGUGAUUUACCAAAAUACUAAUUUCCGAAAAUGUCGGGAAAAGAAUUCACGUUAAGUCGAACGCUUUAUGGCCAUUCGCUGGACGUGCGGUGCAUAGCGGUAACGCCAAGUAAUGACAUUAUUAGUGGCUCAAGAGAUAAAACAGCCAAGUUCUGGAAGUACAAUCCCCAUCAAAGCAACUUUGAGGAAGUAAUGACUUAUAAAGAUCAGCAAAAUUUUGUAGCUUGCGUUUUAUACCUUGACCCAACUGAAGAGUUUCCAGAUGGUUUAGUUGUGACUGGAGGGAAUGAUAGUGUUAUUCUAGUCUACAAACCAUCAGAGCCUUUUUCUACGUUCACCAUUAAGGAACAUUCUAAUACAGUUUGUGCCCUUGGUAAGGCGAAUGAAGCAAACGCUUUCUUAACAGGAUCCUGGGACACUAAUGCCAAAUAUAUAAAAAUAUCUGAGACUCCUAAAUGUAUCGUCACAUUCACUGGACAUACCGAAGCAAUCUGGGGCGUAACACAGCUUAAAGAUAAUCGGAUUGUAUCUGCUAGCGCAGAUAAAACACUUAUUGUAUGGUCUAGCGAUGGUCAGAAAUUACAGUCAUUGAGUGGCCAUACGGAUUGUGUUCGCGCAGUAAUUGAAGCUCCAGCUUUAAAUGCAUUUUUAAGCAUUUCAAAUGAUGCAUCUAUUAAAGUCUGGUCUUACGGAGGCGAUCUCAUUGACACAUAUUAUGGCCACACAAGCUAUAUUUACGAUAUAGCUGUAUGUAAAGAUUCACAAAGUUUUGUAACUUCAGAUGAAGAUAGAACAGUGAGAUAUUGGGAAAAUGGUGAAAACACCCAAACAAUCAUGUUACCAGCCCAAUCGGUCUGGAGUGUAGCAUGUUUAAAUAAUGGAGACAUUGUAACAGGAAGUAGUGAUGGUCUGGUUAGAGUAUUUACACAAGAUAAAUCCAGAUACGCAGAUGAAGCUGCACUCACAAAGUAUAGAGAAGAAGGUCUGGCUUUGGAACGACAGAGCAAGCAGGAAUUUGGAGGAGUGAAAGUGUCGGACUUGCCAGGAAAAGAGGCUUUGUACACUCCUGGAAAGAAAGCUGGGCAAAUGUUGAUGAUUAGGGAUGAAGGCAAGGUAAUAGCCUAUACUUGGUUUGUUGAUGGAGAAACCUGCUUCUGGGAUAAGGUUGGUGAAGUUUUGGGAAGCACCGAUAAGGAUUCGAGUGGUAAAACAGUAUUUGAAGGAAAAUCGUACGAUUUUGUAUUCAGUGUAGAUGUUGAAGAAGGAAAACCGCCUUUGAAGUUGCCCUACAAUAGGGGAGAUGAUGUUUAUCAAGUAGCCAACAAUUUCUUAACUAAGAACUUUCUGCCAGCUACCUACUUGGAGCAGGUUGUGGAUUUCAUAUUGAAAAAUAGCAGUCAACAGUAUGUACCGCCUAGCAGCAGUGCCUAUCAAGAUCCUUUCACUGGAGGCAACAGAUAUACUCCAAGUUAUCAAAACAAUACUGGACAACUGGGAGUAAAUGUGGAUCCUUUUACCGGCGGGUCCAGCUAUUCCACUAGGGCACCAAACCCGACAACGAGUUCAGUAGCAGCGACCGCUGGAUGCACAAAUCCUCCCCCUGUCGAUCCUACUCGUACGACAGGAGAUCCGAAUUCAACUAUUUAUGAUUUUCGUAUAAUACCAUACAAAACAUUUGAUUCUGGAGUUCCUGGAGUUAUUUUAAAGAAACUUAAGGAGUUUAAUAGCUCUUUGACCGAGUAUAGGCUUUUUGGCAACGACCUGGAAAACUUAGUUCAGUUGUGUGUGGAGCCUUCUGAGAAUGCAACAAUUUAUGAGUUGCUGUUUAAAAUGUUCGAAUGGCCAGAGAAUAACUUAUUUCCAGUGCUGGAUAUUGUUAGAAUGGCUGUGAGAAAUGAACACAGCAAUACAAUAAUUUCAAAGCUGUACGAGGGCGUGAUUAUAAAGAAACUUCAGGGAUUUAUUAAUAGUGAACAUGCUGUGGUUAAUAAUAGGAUUGUAGCUCUGAGGACGAUUUGCAAUUUGUGCAGCCAUAAAUCUGGGGAAAAUUUAGUGUCAGAAAAUAUAUAUGAUAUAAUUGGCAAUGUUUCUACCGUUCGUCACAUCAACGCGAACGGUCAGCUGGCCUUGGCAACCGUAUUAAUGAACUUAACAUUAAUGAUUUUGAAGAACAAAGAACAUGCGGGGUACAAGGUGUUGGCUGAAGUUUUACCGGACAUGAUAACCACUUUAGAUGAUUCGGAGGCGCAAUUUCGCAUAUAUGUAGCCAUUGGCACACUUAUGCAAAAUUCGGAUUCUCUCCGACCUGAAGUGGUUGAGAAAAUCAAAGAAAGUGGAGAAUUUUUACCUCUGUUGAAGCUGCACUUUCAUGUAACUAACGAGGCCCAGAAUAAGCGAGCCAAUUGUGCUAAACAGAUAUAUUCUUUACUUUGAUCGGAUUUAUAUAUAAGCUAAAUGAGUUUACAGUUAUUUAAAAUCCACAUAAGCUACCAGUGUCUCCGUAUUUUUUAUAUCAAAAUGAAUCAAUUAAUAACUAUGUGAAAUAAAAUGGCUUAAAUUGUAAAA